GAUUGGUUUUACAUACACUUACUUGCUCUAUAAAAGUCAUAGCCAACGAAGGUACGUCUUCAGGUAAGACAGAUGGAGGGAGAGAGAGGAAUGGAGACUUUGUUUCAGGAUGGCAAGGAGGAGGUGUUGCAAGCGUGGUUUAUGGACGAUGGUGAGGAAGACCAGAGGCUUCCCCAUCACUGCGAACCCAAGAAAUUUGUGUCCUUGGACAAACUUGCAGAUCUGGGAAUCGUCACUUGGCGUCUCAAUGCCGAGAAUCAUGAGAACGACGAGGAUCUGAAAAAAAUCCGGGAAGCCAGAGGCUGUUCUUUCGUGUACACCGUUGAUAUGCAUCCGGAGAGGUUGCCAGAUUACGAGGCCAAGUUGAAGAGCUACUUUCAAGAGCACCGGCACACCAACGAAGAAACCUCUUACUGCCUCGAAGGGAGUGGGUAUUAUGAUGUGAGGGACAAAAACGACUGCUGGAUUCGGAUAGCAGUGAAGAAAGGAGGAAUGAUCGUCAUACCUGCUGGAAUCUACCAUCGUUUUACGCUGGACACAAGCAACUACAUCAAGGCAAAUCUAUUCUUAACCAAGCCAGUAAAUUCAUCAUCAGAUCGACCCGGUGAUGACCUUUCUUCGAGGAAGGAAACCUUUGAAACGUUUCUGAGGAAGGAAACUGAUGAGCUUGGCGUCGAAGCUCGGUAAUGGCGAUGCAGCUAAACUUAUCACCCACAUAACGAGCAGUAGAUGAUGAAUAAGAAGCAUUUUCUUGAA